AUGAACACCAAAUCCACCACCGUCGACAUGGCGCCCACCCCGGCCGACAAAGACAUCGAGCUAUCCAAGCCCGACCAAGACGACCUCGUAACCGGCAUCAUCCUCCCCAAUUACAGCGAAACCUACCUACGCCGCCUCCGCUGGAAAAUCGACCUCUUCCUCCUCCCACUAAUGUGGCUCUGCUACGGCACGCAACAAGCCGACAAAACCAGCCUGUCCAUCCAAGCCGUCUUCGGCAUCCGCGAAGACACGCACCUCGUCGGCGACCAGUUCAACUGGCUCACGACGAUCUUCUACCUGGCCUACAUGGUCUGCGAGUUCCCAGGCAACUGGGCGAUGCAGAAGCUGCACACGGGCAAGUUUCUGUCCGUCGUGAUCGUCACCUGGGGCGUGGUCGUGCUGUGUAUUGCGUUCGCGAAGAACUGGGCGCAUCUUAUGGUUCUGCGCACGCUGCAGGGCGGCCUGGAGUGCACGAUUAGUCCGACGUUUAUGCUGCUUACCGGGAGCUGGUAUACGAGUCGGGAGCAUACGUUGCGCUCGUUGAUUUGGGGGACGAGUAAUGCGGGCAUGAAUAUCAUUGCGGGCUUGAGUAUGUAUGGGAUUGGGCUGAGGGCGCAGAGGAAUCCGGAUGGGUUGGCGGCUUGGAAAGGAAUCUCCUUCUUCCUCGGCGGGUUGACCAUCUUCUGCGGGAUCCUGGUCUGGUUCAUCCUCGGCACGCCGCGCGAGGUGAGCUGGCUGUCGGAGGAAGAGAAGGACGCGGCCAUCGCGCGGGUCAUGGCGAACCAGACGGGCUCGGACAGGGAGAAGCGCUCCGAGUUCAAGUGGGAGCAGGUCUGGUCGACGUUCAAGGAUCCGCAGACGUACUUCUUCUUCUUCGUGACUAUCGUCAAUGCCCUCCCCAACGGCGCGAACACGACCUUUUCCAAACUCAUCUGGAAGUCCUUUGGGUUCUCCAGUCUGGAGACCCUGCUUAAGGGGAGCACGCCGUACUAUGCCAUUAGUAUUGUGUGGUUUGUCACGGUGGGCGCGAUUACGUUUAGAUGGCCGAACUUUCGGUUCCUCAUGAUGAUGUUCUCCCUCGUCCCAGCCUUCAUCGGCAUGAUCGCGCUCUCCCAGCUCCCAACAGACAGCAUGCAGUGGACCCGCUGGGGCAUGUACAUCAUGCAGGUGUUCGGCACCCUGCCUGGGCUGAUGAUCUGGACCUUCCUCCCCUCCAACAUCGCCGGCCGCACCAAGAAAACCGUCACCUCAACCAUCCUGUUCGUCGCAUACUGCGUCGGGAACGCCGUCGGCGCGCAGAUGAUGGUUCCCUCCGAUGCACCCAAGUAUACGCGCGGUAUCACGGCGUGUGACAUCUGGGAGAAUAAGCGGAGAGACAGGAUUGUCGCGGGCAUGGGGCUUUCGGAGGAGGAGUGUGAGAGGCUGGGACGGGUGAAUGCGGAGGAGGAUAUGACGGAUCGGGAGAAUAUUCAUUUUAGAUAUAAGUAUUAG